AUGGCCUCACUACGUGGAAUUAUAAUUGGUGCCUUGACCCAUGCUCAUCAUGAGCUCGAGAAAAUGUCCAAGGCAUAUCCUAUCUCUUACGUACAAGCAAAAUCUCGAGAGGAAUUCUUGCAGGAUUGUCAAAGUGAAAAGUAUCAAGAUGUGGUUGCUGCCGUACUCUCUUAUGAAGCCAUCCCUACUUUGGGUCCAUUCAACAAAGAGUUCAUUGAUAAGCUUCCUCCAAAACUCAAGUAUCUCUCUUGGAAUGCUGCUGGAUAUGACCCUGUAGACAUUGAUGCAUGCACAGCACGUGGCAUUUUCGUUUCGCAUACCCCUUCUGCUGUGGACAACGCCACUGCCGACGUUGCUGCCAUCUUGAUCUUGUCGUCAUUCCGUAACACGUCUCAAUUUGAACGAAACUUGAGAGAAGGCCGCUGGCGUCAUGGUGUCCAAUUUGGCAAUGAUCCUGAGGGAAAGACUUUGGGUAUUCUUGGAAUGGGUGGUAUUGGCAAGGCGUUAGCCAAACGUAUGUAUGGCUUUGAUAUGAAGAUUCAAUACUACAAUCGCAACAAACUUGAUCCCGAAGUCGAGAACAAGUAUCAUGCAUCUUACGUUGAUUUCGAUACUCUAUUGCGUACAUCCGAUUGCAUCUUUGUCAGCGUUCCCCUCAACAAAUCCACUUACCACUUGAUCGAUGGUCCUGAGUUUGCAAAGAUGAAGGAUGGUGUUAUCAUUGUCAAUACAGCACGUGGCAAGGUUAUUCGUGAAGCAAGUCUUGCUAGAGCCUUGGAGACUGGCAAAGUAGCUGCUGCUGGUUUGGAUGUGUUCGAAGAUGAACCUGAUGUGAUCCAUCCUGGCCUAUUGAGUCAUCCUCGUUGCACACUUCUUCCUCACAUCGGCACCAACACCCAAGAAACCAUGCAUGCAAUGGAAAUGGUUUGCUUAAACAAUUUUGAGACCGCACUCACUAAGGGCACAUUCAUCAAUCCCAUUCCUGAGCAAAAGCAUCUGUUCUAG